AUGGCUCAAGAGCAAUUCAACGAUCAUCUAGACGUCGUCCUCGCGGCUGGAUUUCUACUCGUCGUUGUCGACAAGACGGAGAAGAAACUUCAGGUGAGUCUAUCACAGCUCAACUGAUAGACUGUGAUCCGAUUACAGCUCGACGUCGCCGGUCCGGCGAACACCUCAUGCUUCCAGAGACAUUUCGUGGUCGACAUCCAGUUUCCGGACUUCAUCAAGGUAAGAGAAAACAGUCAUUCAAUUUUCAGACAGCUCUUUUUCAGGAUACUUUAGUCACGAAGAUCUGGCAUCCACUUAUCGACCCGAACACUGGCGAUAUCAAGUUCACCGGACAGUAAGUUUUUAGUCGGAUUCAUCCGUUUUUGGGGUGGCUUUAUAAUUAUGUCCUUUUUCCAGGUGGCAUUUUUGUGGCUUUAUAUUUAUGUCCAGGUGUGUUAUUUUCCAGAAAACUGCUCAGUUCUGGUCGGGUCAAUUUGCCGGAGGAUUGGAACCGAUGGAGGAGGACCUCGUCAAGAUCUUGGGAGGCGUCAUGCUGAUGGGCUUCGACAUGGUGAGUCGAGUUCCCGACUCUCAUUCCAGUUUAAACCGGAUACAUUUUUCAGGAGAAGGAAAUCAUUGCUCUGAGCAUGGCUCAGUGGAACUUCGACAGAGCCAUCGACAGCCGAACAAUAGAAGAAGGUCCCCGACCCGACCCGACGUCAUCUGUGUUUCCGCGUGUUCCCUUUCCCCAUCUCUAUCCUAUCUAG